AUGGCUGACGUGCAGAGCCAUAUAAUUUUAGAUAAAAUAAUAGAUUGUUUUCUGACACCUGUAAAGAAUGAUGAUGAUGAUGAUGAUGAUGCGCUAUCAGAUGGAGAAAUACCUGACCAAAAAUCUCAAGAAAACAUAGUAUUAUCAGUUCCUCAUGAGAGGCCUAGAACGCCUAACCGUCAGUUGUUGAUUACUCCAAAUGAAUGCGCUAUAGAAAAAUCACAAAAUCGAUCAAGAUCUCCUUCUCAAGUACAAAUGGCAUCAUCUGAAAUCGAGCAACAGUCGGACAUUAAAAUUCAUUACCAAUCUGAAACAAUCUGUCAGCCACAAUCUAGAAAUCCGAUUAGAUCUCCGUCUAAUUCUCCUACUCCAAUACAAUUUAGACAAUUUAAAAGGUCUCCGUCUAAUUCUCCUAUUCCAGUACAAUCUAGACAAUUUGAAAAGUCUCCCUCUAAUCCUCCUACUCCAACACAAUUUAGACAAUUUAAAAGGUCUCCGUCUAAUACUCCUAUUCCAGUACAAUCUAGACAAUUUAACAAUUCUACAAUUAAUCUUCAUGCUUCAGUACAAUCUAAACAUUUAAAUUGGUCUCCUUCUAAUUCUCAUAAUCCGACACAGUAUACAGUAAGCAAUAGGUCGCGAUCUAAAUCUCAAGAUCAACAACAAUUUACUACUAGAAGUAUGCAUUCCUCUGAGACAAGACAUCGGCCAAAGUAUAGAAAUCAUAGUAGGUCUCCGCUUCGUUUUCGAACUCAACAUGGGCGUGGAAAAAGAUCGCGUUCUAGAUCAUACAAUGAACAAAAAUUUGAUUCUAAAAGUACGAGUUCGUAUACAAAGAAACAAUCUAGAAUGAGAAAAAUGUCACGAUCCAAAUCACCAAAUCGGAAAGAAAAUGUAACUAAAAAUCAGUCUUUUCCUAAAUCAAAUAUAGAACUUCCAUCUAGAUCUUCAACACAAGUAAAUGACAAUAGAGAUUAUCAUAAAACUUCACGCAAUAUAUCUCGGAGAACGGAAAAACCAGUGACAAGGAAAACUCCAAAACCAGUGACAAAGAAAACUCCAAAACCCAAAAAGCCUGCAUCUGGUACUUCAAAAUUUAAAAAGAAUCCAGAGAUUAAUGCUGGUAUGAUGAUGCCACCACCUCCACAAGAUCCAUAUAAAGUACCAAGACCAUAUUACCACAAUCCACUCAAUGCUCCAGCGAUGUACUACCCGCCACCAACACCUAGGCCUCGAUUAAUGCGACCACCAUAUUUUAUACCACCACGACCUCGUAUACCGUUUCCACCAGCAUAUCCAAGAAUGUUUAGACUACCUUGGCCGCCUAUGAAUCCUAUGAUGCACAAUGAAGAAAUUUAGAGAAACUAUACCCACUAAACAUUUUAAAUCGGUCGAGACAGUUGUCUAACUGAAAAGCCUUUAACUUCACGGCCAUCAUAAAUACAAUAUAUUAUU